GUCCGCUCAGACACCGCGGGGCUCGUUUUAGACGCGAUUUUACCUCUUUUAAAGAAAGUUUUACUGUUGAUUCAAGCAGCUGAAGUUGUGUUUAAGAGGUUAAAGAAGAAAAGGGUGGAGGUUGAGGUGGAGAAUGGGUCAAAAACAGAGCAAAAAGGAGUCGGAGUCCGAGUAUGGAGAACCUGCUCAAUUCGACCCGACAUUCAGUGGAACCAUAAAAAAAAGAGGGUGCACUGAUAUCAUCUGCUGUAUCCUGUUUAUGGCAGUCAUCCUCGGCUACAUAGUUGUCGGGAUUUUAGCUUGGCUCUUUGGAGAUCCAAGACAUGUUCUUUAUGCAAGAAACUCAACUGGAUGGUUCUGUGGCAUCGGAGAAAAUCAAGGCCGACCUCAUCUGCUCUACUUCGACAUUCUCAAAUGUGCCACAUCGGUUAAUGUUAUGGCAACGGCUCUUAAUGGUUUUCAGUGUCCAACCACGCAGGUGUGCGUGGAAAGCUGUCCCACUGACUUCUGGGCUGUAGGAAUACAGGAAUAUUUCCAAAAGCCUAAAGACGUUUUCAAUCAAAGCCUCUGUGUGCCAUCCAUUAACCUUAAAACUACUGAACUGUCUGUUCAAAACAUUGUGGACCAGGAGCUGUGUCCUUUCUUCAGCAUGCCCACGAUCGCUGUUCUGGGGAGAUGUAUGCCCGAUGUCACAAAACUGGGGGAGAUACCUGGAUACUUUUCCGGUAUUCCAGGUUUACCCAUCUCAGUCAAUAGCACAGUCGACUUAAUCAAGAACGGCACUGGGGACAUUGUGAAUGGCUUCAAUGCCAGAGAGAUAGGCGUCCGAAUCUUUGAGGAUUUUGCGUCGUCAUGGCCGUGGAUCCUCCUUGGUCUGGUAAUAGCCAUGCUGGUCAGUAUGCUGUUCCUGUUGCUGUUGAGAUUCACGGCUCCAGUGAUGGUGUGGGUACUCAUCAUAGGGGUCCUGGCUGCUGGGGCAUAUGGUAUAUGGCACUGUUACUGGGAGUACAGUAACUUCAAGCAAGCCGCUGCAACCAUCACUGAUGUUGGUUUCACCACCAACUUCAAAGUUUACCUGCAAGUCCAAGAGACCUGGCUGGCGUUCUUGAUUAUCAUAUCUGUGGCGGAGGCGAUCAUUCUCCUGACCAUCAUCUUCCUGCGGACCAGAAUCCUCAUAGCCAUCGCCCUCAUCCAGGAGUCCAGCAAGGCAAUCGGUCACAUGAUGUCCUCUUUGCUGUACCCUCUGGUCACCUUUGUCCUCAUUCUGGUGUGUGUCGCUUACUGGGGUGCCACUGCUUUAUAUUUGGCCACUUCAGGAGACCCAAUCUACAAAGUCGUGGCUCUUAACAACACUUUAGAAGCCUGUAAGAGUAUCAAUGGCAGUGUCAUCUGUGACCCUCAGGACUUCAAUUCUUCAGAUUACUCAUGCCCCUCAGCCAGCUGCAUCUUCAUCAAAUACAACGACGAGGGUCUCUUCCAGAGGAACCUCUUCAACCUGCAGAUCUACAACAUUGUGGCUUUCCUCUGGUGUGUCAACUUCGUCAUCGCCUUGGGGCAAUGUACGAUGGCCGGUGCCUUUGCCUCCUACUACUGGGCCUUCACCAAACCAAAAGACAUCCCCAUGUUUCCUGUGACUGCUAGCUUUAUCCGCGCACUCAGGUACCAUGUUGGCUCCUUGGCAUUCGGUGCUUUAAUCCUCACCCUGGUGCAGAUAGCGAGGAUGCUUCUGGAGUAUAUCGACCACAAAACAAGAGCGGCGCAGAAUCCAUGUGCACGUUUCAUAUUGUGCUGCAUGAAGUGCUGCCUCUGGUGUCUGGAGAAGUUCAUCAAGUUCCUCAACAGGAACGCUUACAUCAUGAUUGCCAUUUAUGGGAAAAACUUCUGUGUCUCAGCCAAAAAUGCUUUCUCGCUGCUCAUGAGAAACGUAGUGAGGGUUGUGGUGCUUGAUAAAGUGACAGAUCUGCUGUUGUUCUUUGGGAAGCUCCUGGUGGUCGGAGGAGUGGGUGUGCUGUCCUUCUUCUUCUUCUCUGGACGAAUAUCGAUACCAGGAAGCACUUUCCACAGUAAAGCCCUCAACUACUACUGGAUGCCAAUUAUUACGGUGGUGGUUGGUAGCUACCUCAUAGCUCACGGAUUCUUCAGUGUGUACAACAUGGCUGUCGAUACACUCUUCCUCUGUUUCUUGGAGGACUUGGAGCGUAACGAUGGAUCUCAACAGAAGCCGUACUUUAUGUCCAAAAACCUCAUGAAGAUCCUCAACAAAUCCAACAAAGCACCAAAAAAGGCUAAAGGGAAAGACUGAAGAUCAUUUCACAUCUUAAACACUGUGUCAUACAUUUUCAGGAUAUCUUUUUGUGUUUUACCCAUUCAACACCAAAACCAAUUUGCUGAUUUUGCACUUUUUUUUAUUGUGUAUAAUAUUAAUAACUGUACAUAAAAGGUCUGAGCAUGUGAAUGUAGGUAAUAUGCAAUAUUACAUUGCACAGUGUCCUACUAAACUAGGAAACUAGGUUUUUGAUUUAGCUCUUGGCCUUUGAUUGAACUGAAAGUCCUGAAAUAUUUCUUCUAUAAUUUCAAACAAUAUAUUCAACAUUACCAAUACACCCCCAAGACAUUUUAGACUUUUUUAUUCAAAAACCCAUUUCUGCUUAUGUGAUGAAAGAAAGGGGUCCUGUAAGUCAUUCUAAUAAGAAACCUUCUUGAAAUAAUGAGAAAAUACCUCAAAAUGAGAAAAUGUCUCCAAAUAAAUAAAUUAUGUAUCUUGUUUAAGUACCUUAAAAUAAUGACAUCCACAUUGUAAAAAAUGGGAAUCUUUCUUAAAUGUUAAAUAUAAUGAUUUAUCUUGAAAUAAUGCUGUAAUAGCUCAAAAUAGUUACUUAUUCUUACAUAAUGGGGAAUUUUUAUAUCUUGAAAUUAUUUAUUUUCCUUUUGAAUAAGUUUCUUAUUUUGAUGACUUACAGGGUAACAAGACUACAUUUUCAUCUUUUACUGGCUGAAAUGGACUUAUAUAGAUUUAUACUGUGUUAGUUGAUCCAGUUUAACAGCUUUUAAUGCAUCUAAGAUUUUUUUUUUCUUUUGGCUAAAAAUCUUUUAUAGGGGUCCUCAGGUAUGAUUUCUUAAGAUGGAACAAAUUUUUUUUGCAACACCUG